AUGCGGGAGAGUGCUCUCAACCAAGGAGAGCAUGCCUGCUAUACAUCUGGGAGCGAGGCAGCCACGAUAUCUUUCACCCUCGUGUCCGUGAAUAAGUGUGCUAUCAGCCAAGAAGAGCAUGCCUGCUAUACAUCUGGGAGCGAGGCAGCCACGAUAGCUUUCACCCUCGUGUCCGUGAAUAAGUGUGCUAUCAGCCAAGAAGAGCAUGCCUGCUAUACAUCUGGGAGCGAGGCAGCCACGAUAGCUUUCACCAUCGUGUCCGUGAAUAAGUGUGCUAUCAGCCAAGGAGAGCAUGCCUGCUAUACAUCUGGGAGCGAGGCAGCCACGAUAGCUUUCACCCUCGUGUCCGUGAAUAAGUGUGCUAUCAGCCAAGAAGAGCAUGCCUGCUAUACAUCUGGGAGCGAGGCAGCCACGAUAGCUUUCACCAUCGUGUCCGUGAAUAAGUGUGCUAUCAGCCAAGGAGAGCAUGCCUGCUAUACAUCUGGGAGCGAGGCAGCCACGAUAGCUUUCACCAUCGUGUCCGUGAAUAAGUGUGCUAUCAGCCAAGGAGAGCAUGCCUGCUAUACAUCUGGGAGCGAGGCAGCCACGAUAGCUUUCACCAUCGUGUCCGUGAAUAAGUGUGCUAUCAGCCAAGGAGAGCAUGCCUGCUAUACAUCUGGGAGCGAGGCAGCCACGAUAGCUUUCACCAUCGUGUCCGUGAAUAAGUGUGCUAUCAGCCAAGGAGACCAUGCCUGCUAUACAUCUGGGAGCGAGGCAGCCACGAUAGCUUUCACCAUCGUGUCCGUGAAUAAGUGUGCUAUCAGCCAAGGAGAGCAUGCCUGCUAUACAUCUGGGAGCGAGGCAGCCACGAUAGCUUUCACCAUCGUGUCCGUGAAUAAGUGUGCUAUCAGCCAAGAAGAGCAGGCCUGCUCUACAUCUGGGAGCGAGGCAGCUACGAUAGCUUUCACCAUCGUGUCCGUGAAUAAGUGUGCUAUCAGCCAAGAAGAGCAGGCCUGCUCUACAUCUGGGAGCGAGGCAGCUACGAUAGCUUUCACCAUCGUGUCCGUGAAUAAGUGUGCUAUCAGCCAAGGAGAGCAUGCCUGCUAUACAUCUGGGAGCGAGGCAGCCACGAUAGCUUUCACCAUCGUGUCCGUGAAUAAGUGUGCUAUCAGCCAAGAAGAGCAGGCCUGCUCUACAUCUGGGAGCGAGGCAGCUACGAUAGCUUUCACCAUCGUGUCCGUGAAUAAGUGUGCUAUCAGCCAAGGAGAGCAUGCCUGCUAUACAUCUGGGAGCGAGGCAGCCACGAUAGCUUUCACCAUCGUGUCCGUGAAUAAGUGUGCUAUCAGCCAAGGAGAGCAUGCCUGCUAUACAUCUGGGAGCGAGGCAGCUACGAUAGCUUUCACCAUCGUGUCCGUGAAUAAGUGUGCUAUCAGCCAAGGAGAGCAUGCCUGCUAUACAUCUGGGAGCGAGGCAGCCACGAUAGCUUUCACCAUCGUGUCCGUGAAUAAGUGUGCUAUCAGCCAAGGAGAGCAUGCCUGCUAUACAUCUGGGAGCGAGGCAGCCACGAUAGCUUUCACCCUCGUGUCCGUGAAUAAGUGUGCUAUCAGCCAAGAAGAGCAUGCCUGCUAUACAUCUGGGAGCGAGGCAGCCACGAUAGCUUUCACCAUCGUGUCCGUGAAUAAGUGUGCUAUCAGCCAAGGAGAGCAUGCCUGCUAUACAUCUGGGAGCGAGGCAGCCACGAUAGCUUUCACCAUCGUGUCCGUGAAUAAGUGUGCUAUCAGCCAAGGAGAGCAUGCCUGCUAUACAUCUGGGAGCGAGGCAGCCACGAUAGCUUUCACCCUCGUGUCCGUGAAUAAGUGUGCUAUCAGCCAAGAAGAGCAUGCCUGCUAUACAUCUGGGAGCGAGGCAGCCACGAUAGCUUUCACCAUCGUGUCCGUGAAUAAGUGUGCUAUCAGCCAAGGAGAGCAUGCCUGCUAUACAUCUGGGAGCGAGGCAGCCACGAUAGCUUUCACCAUCGUGUCCGUGAAUAAGUGUGCUAUCAGCCAAGAAGAGCAGGCCUGCUCUACAUCUGGGAGCGAGGCAGCUACGAUAGCUUUCACCAUCGUGUCCGUGAAUAAGUGUGCUAUCAGCCAAGAAGAGCAGGCCUGCUCUACAUCUGGGAGCGAGGCAGCUACGAUAGCUUUCACCAUCGUGUCCGUGAAUAAGUGUGCUAUCAGCCAAGGAGAGCAUGCCUGCUAUACAUCUGGGAGCGAGGCAGCCACGAUAGCUUUCACCCUCGUGUCCGUGAAUAAGUGUGCUAUCAGCCAAGAAGAGCAUGCCUGCUAUACAUCUGGGAGCGAGGCAGCCACGAUAGCUUUCACCAUCGUGUCCGUGAAUAAGUGUGCUAUCAGCCAAGGAGAGCAUGCCUGCUAUACAUCUGGGAGCGAGGCAGCCACGAUAGCUUUCACCAUCGUGUCCGUGAAUAAGUGUGCUAUCAGCCAAGGAGAGCAUGCCUGCUAUACAUCUGGGAGCGAGGCAGCCACGAUAGCUUUCACCAUCGUGUCCGUGAAUAAGUGUGCUAUCAGCCAAGAAGAGCAGGCCUGCUCUACAUCUGGGAGCGAGGCAGCUACGAUAGCUUUCACCAUCGUGUCCGUGAAUAAGUGUGCUAUCAGCCAAGGAGAGCAUGCCUGCUAUACAUCUGGGAGCGAGGCAGCCACGAUAGCUUUCACCAUCGUGUCCGUGAAUAAGUGUGCUAUCAGCCAAGAAGAGCAGGCCUGCUCUACAUCUGGGAGCGAGGCAGCUACGAUAGCUUUCACCAUCGUGUCCGUGAAUAAGUGUGCUAUCAGCCAAGGAGAGCAUGCCUGCUAUACAUCUGGGAGCGAGGCAGCUACGAUAGCUUUCACCAUCGUGUCCUCCCGAAAUGUAAAGGGCGUGCAGCGCUUCUUAGGGAUGCUGGGGAAAUUCGCGCGCUUUAUCCCUGACUAUGCCACCCUGUGCACGCCUCUUAAUGCCUUACGUAAAAAGAACGUCCCUUUUGUGUGGGACGACGCGCAAGAGAAGGUGUUCAGCUUGUGUUUUGGAACUUCGUUGAUCCUGGCCCUUAUCGGCCACUGGACGCCCUGCGAGGUCAGUUUGACGCCGAAGCCUCCCAGGAUCGGCCUGCCUGGUGGAGAAGUAAGGCUGCUGUCCCUGAGCUGCCUGCAGCCCACCUGGCCGCCCUUCGUCGGCUCUAAGAGCACCAGGCUGAGUGUGGUGUGGGCUCCCGUGAAGACGCUUGUCGUCUCCGGAGGUUCACCCCUCUGUCAUCCAUGGCGGUCCCACCUGCGUGAGGUGCGAGCCCUGUGCUGA